AUGCCGCGAUCCGGUCCUCCUUCCGGUCCGUCAAGUUUGUUGCCUACGCAGGUUGCCCCGCCGUCAUCAUAUUACGAUGUCGACGACGAGAAUACCAGGCCGCCCGGCACGCAACGCCGCAAGAGCGGUUUGUUUGGCUCGCUCCGCGGAUUGCGCCUCCGCAGCCCCCGCGUGUCUGUCACGUCGCUUCCGGCGACCGGAAUAGCAUCAGGCCCGGCGUCUGCAUCCCCACGGAUUUCGGUUUAUGACCCGUCAUACAAUCCGCGCACCUCAAUCGUCCGCCCUCAGUCCCCGACGCUGGGCUCCCUGCCACCACGGCCUGCCUUCCGCCAUGACGGUAUCGCAGCUCCUGAGCGCGCAGCACCUCCUGUGCCACCCGGAGCUGGGCCGAUGACGAUAGGUAUCCAUGCCAGGACCGCUUCUGGCGCCCCUAUCUGGCCUGGGCUUGGCCCACUAACGGGCACGCCAGCAAUGCCGAGCCCUGCGCUGACGGAAGUAUCGGGGCGCGCACCAGAGGGGUUGCUCAACCCGCAGUGGCUCAAUGCUGAGGGCAUGCAGAGCCAAGGCGCGAUCAGCUUCAGGGAUGACAUGGACUAUUCUCGUCCCAUUGGAGGCCUGGUGAAUAACCGGCAGUACAGCCGCACGACCAUUCGAAGUGUCUCUACAGGCAGCUCGUAUCGUCACAACUCGCUCGAGUCGCACCAGACCGGCGAUACGCAAAUGCCUGCGCCAGCACCCGCAGGUGCGUCCGCGACCGAGCUCCAGGUCACGACACAGGCGCCGUUCCCUGCCACGCCAUCUGGUGAGACCGAGCCGUUCUCCUGA